UUCGCGGGCCAAGAUGCGCAACCACUCCCGAGGGCCUUUCCCCAGGGCAGUCCCAGGACUUGCGCUGCCUACCCUCCCCCAGCUCAGCUGUAUCCCUGGGGCCGCAGGACCCAGGGGCUCCGCCCUCCCGCGAGCACGCACGCGCAGGGCCCACCUCUGCUAGUUCCAAACCCUCGGCCCUCGGGUCGCCUGCCUGGGGCCCGGCCCCGCCUCUAGACCCGGCCCCGCCUUCGUGCCGGGGCCCGCGCACGCGCGCCUCCCCGGCCCAGCCUUGCCCCCGUCCCAGCCGGUCCCGCGGUCCCACGGCGCCUGGUUGCCCCUAGCCCUCUCCCUCCUCCCACCUUCGCUGUGUCCCACCCUCCCUAGCUUUGUGCCCGGGGUGCUGAGCCCUUCCCCGUCAGCCGCGCCGCGGGAGGAGGGAGCCGCCACAGAGGAGCUGCCGCUCGCUGCCCCGGGCAGGGGCACAGGCUUCAACCAGUGAAUACUAGAGGGAUCAAACAGUUGCUACCAAGGCAAUGUCUUACUACCUCAGCUCAGAAAACCACCUAGACCCAGGGCCCAUCUACGUGCGAGAAAAUGGGCAGCUGCACAUGGUCAAUCUGGCUCUGGAUGGUGUCAGGAGUAGCCUGCAGAAGCCAAGGCCUUUCAGACUAUUCCCCAAAGGCUUUUCUGUGGAGCUUUGCAUGAACAGGGAAGACGACACUGCACGGAAAGAGAAGACUGAUCAUUUCAUCUUCACAUAUACCCGGGAGGGGAAUCUUCGGUACUCCGCCAAAUCCCUCUUCAGCCUUGUCCUGGGCUUCAUCUCCGACAAUGUGGAUCACAUUGAUUCCCUUAUUGGCUUUCCUGAGCAGAUUGCCGAAAAGCUGUUCUCUGCUGCUGAAGCCAGACAGAAAUUCACUGAGCCAGGUGCAGGGCUGAGGGCUUUACAGAAAUUCACUGAGGCCUAUGGAAGUUUGGUGCUUUGCUCCCUGUGUUUGCGAAACAGGUAUCUGGUGAUUUCAGAAAAACUUGAGGAAAUUAAGUCUUUCCGGGAGCUGACCUGCCUGGAUCUUUCAUGUUGCAAGCUUGGAGAUGAGCAUGAACUUCUAGAACAUCUCACCAAUGAAGCCCUGUCUAGUGUAACUCAGCUCCACCUGAAAGAUAAUUGUUUAUCUGAUGCUGGGGUGCGGAAGAUGACAGCACCAGUUCGAGUGAUGAAAAGAGGCCUUGAGAAUCUAACGUUAUUAGACUUAUCAUGUAACCCUGAGAUCACAGAUGCAGGCAUUGGAUACCUCUUUUCUUUUAGGAAACUAAACUGCUUAGAUAUCUCUGGGACAGGGCUCAAGGACAUCAAAACCGUCAAGCACAAGCUCCAGACCCACAUAGGCCUUGUUCACUCCAAAGUGCCUUUGAAGGAAUUUGAUCAUAGUAACUGCAAGACAGAGGGCUGGGCUGACCAGAUCGUUCUGCAGUGGGAGCGUGUGACUGCGGAAGCUGUGAAGCCACGGGAAACCUCAGAGCCUAGAACGGCAGCUCAGCGCUUCUAUGGGAAGCGGUCUCGAGCAGAAGCCCCUCUGAAGUGUCCCCUGGCAGACCCCCACAUGAACUCUUCUGAGAAACUCCAGUUCUAUAAAGAGAAAGCCCCAGAUUGCCACGGGCCAGUGUUGAAACACGAAGCUAUCUCAAGCCAGGAGUCAAAGAAGAGCAAGAAGAGACCUUUUGAGGAGUCAGAGACAGAACAGAAUAAUUCUUCACAACCUUCAAAGCAGAAAUAUGUAUGUCUUGCUGUGGAUGACUGGGACUUGUUAAAUUCCUAUUGAUUAGUAGAUACAGGUUGACCUUUCUCUGGCCCCCAGCUCUAAUGUUUGAGUAAAGGAGACUGAGGAUGAUUUACUUUUUGUUUGAAUUUACCUAUGGCAUUAGCAUAGCAAGCAGAUAUUUCUACUUUUGUGGUGGGGGAGGGGAAUGCUAUGGAAGUAUGUAAUAAUUUCUAAUGUAUAUUUUCAAUACAUAGUAAUUUUUUCAAAUAAACAUUUUUGCUGUCCUUAA